AUGGAUCGCUAUUCCUUUGCGGCGUUCAUCUGCCAGGUGGUCAUCUCGAUGGCCGAGCCUGUCGCUGAAGUGAUUGCAGCUGCAGUCAGGAAGGGUUUCAAGUUGCCGGGCGAGCUCAAGAACGACGGCGGUCUCCUACUCGAGCUCUUCAAGUGUGUCACCGAAGAAAGUGCAGCAUGGAGGAUUUUCCUCAAGGAGGAAAUGAUUUAUCUCUUGGUUGGGGAACGACUGCAACAACUCCACGCCAACGAUGAAAGCCGCACAGUGGAGAAAUGGCAGAAGGACGACAGGGAGAAGGUGCGACAAGGCGGAAGAUCCAUGUCUGCCCCGAAGCGUUUAUUCUUCAAGUCGAAAGGGCGGCAACACGAAAUUCGUCAAGUCGGUCGAGUCAAGGAGGCGAAAGUGACCAUCGAAUGCCGAAAAUGCGACAACAAGGCAGAGUGCAGCACGAAGUACGGACCACCACUCUGCAUCGCAUGCUCGAAGGAAUAUGGGUCGUGGGAUGAGGAGGCGGCGCCAGCAGAAGAAGUCCCGCUCGACUUCAUCGUGCUGUUGGCCGACGCGGAGCGCGAAGCCCAAGAAUACGCGGCCCUCGAUCCCCGCGAGCUGUACGCGACCGUGCACGAGUACCAGACGGUCGGCCGGCGUGCCCUGAUGGAGGCGGUGAAACUGAAGACGGAAGCGCGUGUCGAUGCCUUACGGGCUGUGGCUGAGCUGUUGUCCGACGCCGGUACGACUCCAAUCGAAGGACUGCCCAUCGAGUUCAUGGUUCUGUGCUCGGAUGCCGCUAGAGAAGCCGAAGAAUACGCUGCACUGGAUUCUCGCCAGUUGUACGAGACCGUCCACGAAUACCAAACGACCGGCCGUCGGAAUAUGAUGGAGGCGGUGAAGCGGAAGACAGAAGCCCGUUUUGACGCGCUACAAGCUUUGACUGGGCAGAUGCCACGUCCGUUUUCCUGGCUCUUUGUCAACACAACAUCGCCCCCCUGCCUCCCCUCCGACAGCAGCGACGGAGACUCGUGGAAGAGUGGCAUGAUGCUCGAGAACCGUGCCCACGAGAAUGACGGCUCGGAGAUCAAGACAAGGCAGGGCGGAAGUCGGCCCAACAGUUCGAUAGCCAAGGAAGAACAGGCGAAAGAGCCGCAACACAAAAUUCGCCAAGUCGGUCGAGUCAAGGAGGCGAAAGUGACGACUGAAUGCCGAAAAUGCGACAACAAGACAGAGUGCAGCACGCAGUACGGACCACCACUCUGCAUCGCAUGCUCGAAGGAAUAUGGGCGGAUCUGCCGAAACGCGAAGGCAUCCAAGCGACGCUGCACAUGUACCCCGAAGAGGACCUGUGCCUGGUGCCGAUACGACGAAUGGAUGCAAAUCGGCUGCAAGGAGGCGCAGCGC